GCCAAAGUGUCAAGUCUGGAAUAGGCAGUUCUAGCCUGAGCUGCAAACCACAAAACCCCACCCACCAGCAUUCGAGACCAGCAUCACUUUGUUUUUAUUCUUUUCUGCUUCUCUUCUUCCUUCUUCCUUUUGAAUCAGAUCGUUUUGGAUUUUGAGUCAACAUGCCGGACCUCUUUGUCGAACUUACCACGCCCAACGGUCGGCAGUACAAGCAGCCCACGGGCCUGUUCAUCAACAACGAGUUCCGACCGUCUUCUGGAGGGCAGACGAUCGUGUCGUUCGAUCCUGCAACCGACAAGCCGAUCGCGACGGUGCACGCUGCGACCGCGGAGGACGUCGACGCCGCAGUCCAAGCCGCCAAGGCAGCCCUGGCCCAUGCAUCGUGGAAGUUGCUGCCCGCCACGGAGCGCGGUCAGCUCAUGGGUCGACUGGCAGAUCUGAUAGAGCAGAACAGGGAACUGUUCGCGGCGAUUGAUGCCUGGGAUAAUGGGAAACCCUACCACGUCGCAUUGAACGAAGACCUGACCGAAGCCAUCACCACAAUCCGCUACUACAGCGGUUGGGCGGACAAGACCUUCGGGCAGACUAUCAGCACGACCCCCCAGAAAUUCGCAUACACCCUUCGCCAGCCACUCGGGGUCGUCGGUCAGAUCAUCCCCUGGAACUACCCGCUUUCCAUGGCGGCCUGGAAGCUGGGCCCUGCGUUGGCUUGCGGGAACACCGUUGUCAUUAAAGCUGCUGAGCAAACACCGCUCAGUAUUCUGGUUCUGGGAACUUUGAUCAAGGAGGCUGGGUUCCCAGCUGGUGUGGUGAAUAUUAUCAAUGGAUACGGUCGGGAGGCCGGUGCGGCUCUCGUGCAACACCCCCUGGUGGACAAGGUGGCCUUCACUGGAUCCACCGCCACCGCACGCGAGAUCAUGAAGAUGGCGGCUGGCACAUUGAAGAACAUCACCCUGGAGACGGGCGGAAAGUCGCCGCUGCUGGUGUUCCCUGACGCCGACCUCGAACAGGCAGUCAAGUGGUCUCACUUUGGCAUCAUGUCCAACCAAGGGCAGAUCUGCACGGCUACCUCGCGCAUUUUCGUGCACCGGGAGGUUCUGGACACUUUCCUCGAGCAGUUCAAAAAGGAGGUUGAGACGACGUCCAAGAUUGGUGAUCAGUGGGAUGAAAGUACCUUCCAAGGCCCUCAGGUCACUCGUGCACAGUACGAACGAGUGCUCUCGUAUAUCGAACUGGCCAAGAAGGAAGGCGCAAAGCUGCUCGUUGGUGGAGGUGCAUACGCCCCGACCGAGAGCAAGCUGGAAAAGGGUUACUUCGUCCAGCCCACUGCCUUUAUUGAUGUCACCGAUGACAUGCGUAUCGUGCAGGAAGAGGUGUUUGGUCCCGUGGUUGUCAUUCUGCCGUUUGACUCAGAAGACGAGGUCAUCCGUCGCGCUAACAACACCACAUAUGGUCUCGGUGCAGCAGUUUUCACACGCGAUCUGGAGCGGGCCCACCGUGUGGCGGCGGAGAUUGAGGCCGGCAUGGUCUGGGUCAACAGCAGUCAAGAUUGCGACCCUCGCGUGCCCUUCGGAGGAGUCAAACAGAGUGGUAUUGGUCGCGAGCUGGGCGAGGCCGGCCUGGAGGCCUACUCGCAGGUCAAGGCUGUGCAUAUUAACAUGGGUAGUCGAUUGUAGAUAGGCGAUAGCGGUACAAC